AUGCGGACACGAUCUGGCGAGAAGUGCGGGCUCCUGACCCUGGAAUGUGGCCGAGACCCGGGGCCCCUGGGCCGCUGCAGCCAGGGCCCCGCGGUGGAGGACGCACAGGGAGUCCAGGCCCCAGGGCCGCCCCGGACCCCAACCCCCGGACCCCGGACCCCGGACCCCGGACCCCGGCACUCACCGCGGGCGCCAGCUCGGGACAGCCCGGGAGGAAGAACGGUUUCCACCUGGAUGACCGUCCCGCCCGGUUCUUGGCUUCUUGCCUUCUUCCGCCUCCUUCCCGCCCUCCCUGCGGGCUCCUUCCUCCGGCCGGCCGGGCGAACUUCCCAGUGGCCAAGGAGAAAGUCCCCCUCACGCCGCCACGCCCUCCCUCCAGAUUUCACCGCUCAAGGGGCCACAUCUCGACCCCUACCUCCCCCUUUCCUGGCCAUGCCUAUUCACCUUGACCUCACCCCUACUUCCAGCGGACACCUCCACCCCACCCUGACCUCUGCUCCCUCCGUCCGGGCUGCAGCCCCCGCUGCAGCCCCCUCAGUCAGCCCCCGCUGCAGCCCCCUCAGUCAGCCCCGCUGCAGCCCCCUCAGUCAGCCCCCGCUGCAGCCCCCCUCAGUCAGCCCCCGCUGCAGCCCCCUCAGUCAGCCCCCGCUGCAGCCCCCCUCAGUCAGCCCCCGCUGCAGCCCCCCUCAGUCAGCCCCCCUCAACUCAGCCCACGCUGCAGCCCCCUCCCCAGCUCAGCCCCGCUGCAGCCCCCCUCAGCUCAGCCCCUCAGCUCAGUCCCCGCUGCAGCCCCCUCAGCUCAGCCCCCUCAGCUCAGCCCCCCUCAGCUCAGCCCCCUCAGCUUAG